GUCUUUUAAAGCAGCAAAACUAGGGUUUCAGUGCGACUUCUCUUAAAAAAAAUUACUCUUCCUUUGUUAAUUUUUCAGCUAAAGAAACUCUCUCCGAUCAGAAAAAAUGGUCACCGGCAAGAAGACUAAGAAGGCACAUGAGAGCAUCAAUAACAGAUUGGCUUUGGUUAUGAAGAGUGGAAAAUUCACUCUCGGUUACAAAACCGUUCUUCGCUCUCUCAGGACCUCAAAAGGGAAAUUGAUUAUAAUUUCUAACAAUUGUCCGCCGUUGAGGAAAUCUGAGAUUGAGUAUUAUGCUAUGCUUGCUAAAGUUGGAGUUCACCAUUAUAAUGGAAAUAAUGUUGACUUAGGAACUGCUUGUGGCAAGUUUCACCGUGUUUCUUGCCUGAGCAUUGUUGAAGCAGGUGAUUCUGAUAUCAUCAAGUCCCUACCUGGCGAUCACUGAGCAGAAUGAGUGUCUGGUGCUGUUUUACAGCAGAGAGUUAGCUCCUCUUUUACAUCUUUACUUGUUAGAAUACGCUCCUAGACAAUUUCAUUAUGGAUAUGAUAGAAGUUGUGUAUUUAUCUAUCAAAUUUUGUUUGGUUAUGGAAAUAGAAAUAUUUUAAUUUGCAUUA